AUGAAAGUGAACCAAAAGAAAACUUCAAAGCUGUGUCUCCUUCCAUUCCUUCGUGGACUUCUUGAAGACGAAUCCAACCAACAUCUCAUCUGUUGGACCGACAAGUCCAGACUGCAAUUCCGGUUUGUGGACCAUAUGAAGGUCACCGAGCUAUGGGCAGCUACCAAGCCAGGUAGAAAGGUUCGGGCUAUGAAGUAUGACAACAUGUGUAAGUCCCUUCGCACGUUCUGCAAACAGGACAAGACGUUGGAGAAGGUUGAGGGGAAACUUUUUGAGUGGAGGUUCCUGGAAUCUGGUUCUAGUGGUACCUGGAACAACUUCCAACCUCUGCCAUUCAGCAUCGAGAGCAUUUUGUCUAGUGGAUCGGAGACCAGCUCUCCCCCUUCAAUAGCUCCCAAUUCUCCAUCUUCAGUAUCUCCACCUCCUUCGUUUCAUGCCUUCCACACCUUUAUGGCUCAUUUUCCAUUUCUUCGUGUUUUCGAUCCAUCCGUGCAAGUGGAUUUAUUCUUGAAAACGACUCGAAUUGAUUUCUAA